AUGCUUCUGCAACGGCGCAGUUGUACAGCACUUGCUGGUGCCGUACUUCUCAUUCUUGCCAGUGCAGCGCUCGCACACGGUCAUGAUGAUGACAUGACAAAGAGCAUGGACGAGCCAGCUCCUGCGCAGCCAGCAGUAGCUCCCGAAACUUCUUCAAAGCCAGACACCUACUUCCAAUAUGGCGAGCACUCGGCGCUGAUAUCGGCGCACAUAGUGCUUAUGACAAUUGGCUGGGUUUUCAUUUUGCCAAUCAGCGUGAUGUUCUCGAUUUCUCGAUCACGGUUCAGUCUUCCGAGCCAAAUCAUUUUCCUGGCCGUCAAUGCGAUCGGUCUGUUUCUGGCCACCAUUUACGAUGCCAGCACCCCGGAUCUGUACCCAAAUAAUGCACAUCACAAAAUCGGCUGGGUUCUGACAUGGAUGAUGAGCGCACAAGUGGUCAUGGGAGUAAUACAAGUAUAUGCGCGGAAAGAUCGCCGCCUAGCCACUGCCGAAUUCACCCCCAUUUCUGCAGAAGCAAUUACAGAGCAUCAGCGCAUGCAGUCCUUGACACAGGCACGGAUCCAUCGACUGUCAAAUGAUAGCGGACAGGGCACUGAGCCAAAUACCGAAUCUCUUAGAAGCCGAAGCCAAUCGCUCACCUCGGCCGACUGGACUGACAGCCUUCCUGAGCUGGAAGCUGGGGAUGAGGAAGAGAUGGAAGAAAAGCAUGGCUUGAUGCAUGGCACUUCUGUGGACACUUUUUUGACGAGCAAGGACCCAGAUCUUAUCUCUUCUCGCUUGCUGCGAGUCCUGAAAUAUAUAUACAACGCCAUCGAUCGGCUUGUAUUGAUUCUGGGAUUUAUUGCCCUCACUAGCGGCAUUGCCACCUAUGGCGGCUUCUUUAUGGGGUCUCGCGUGUUCAGCGGGCUGGCACAUUUCAUCAAAGGUGGUGUGUUUUUCUGGUACGGCAUUCUGACACUUGGGCGCUGGGCUGGGUGUUUUGCCGAAGUUGGAUGGUCUUGGAAUCUCAAUCCAUCACGGAAUGAUCGACCAUCAGCAGAACUUGUGGAGAGCUUCUUGAUAUUUAUCUACGGCUCGACGAAUGUCUUUCUGGAGCAUUUGGCUGCGUGGGGUGGUGAGUGGACAGCUCAGGACCUCGAGCAUCUCUCGGUCACAAUUAUGUUCCUCGGGGGUGGAUUGUGCGGCAUGAUUAUUGAAUCCAAGAAAGUUCGAGACUUACUGAAUACCACCAAACAAUCGACGAUGGCGCACUUUCCCUAUCACGCUGGUGAGUCGGAAGCAAUUGAAGAGCCCAGGAGCUACAGAUUCUCAAUGAAUCCUCUUCCUGCUCUUGUAACCUUUUUACUCGGUAUGAUGAUGAGCUCCCAUCACCAGGAAUCCAUGUUUUCCACUAUGCUUCAUAAGCAAUGGGGUACCUUGCUAAUGGGAGCUGCGUUUACCCGUGGGGCAACUUACAUCCUCUACUAUUCAUCACCUCCAACGUCAAUUCUGCCAGGAAGACCACCUACAGAGUUAAUCACUGCAUUCUGCUUGAUGGCUGGAGGCAUGAUUUUCAUGGCAAGCGCUCGAGAUACGGUUAUGGCAAUGGAGAACCGCGGACUGGACGCAAUGUUCAUCUUCACCAUUUCAAUGGGAGUGAUCACGUUCCUGGUGGCUUGGAUCAUAGUGGUAAUUGCCAUCAAAGGCUGGGCAGUGAGGAAGGAGAACAGGACGUUCGCAUAUCGUGGAGUUGCAUGA